AGAGAAAAAAAGUAAGGUAUACAUACUUUCGUGGCACUGCAUCGCAUUGUUCGUGAUCCCUACACUCCCAAUUCUUUACUUUCAUGCAUCAUAUUUUUCGUAUUGCAGACGCCUUCCUGUAAGUACAGGAUGUUAACUUUCAAGGCGGGGGUUAUGUCAAGCUGCAGGACAAAUGUAUCCAUCAAUGGGUCUGUUUUAUACCAACACCCAAGAUGAGUCUACCUUGCAGUAGAUCACCGCGGUCCGCGGUCCGUCGAGAGUUCCAUGUCGAAUCGUUCAUCGCAUGCACACUGAUUUCUAAGAACACAUAAGAACCAACCAUGCACAAACCCACCCACUUUGUACCAGACGAUUCAUCAUCGGAUAGCGUAAUUUCUCAUAAACGCCUUCGCGCCUACACUUAGUAUCUCCGUUAAAGUUAAGUACCUUUACCUUCCACAUUUUCAUCGGGUCUUGACAUGACUUCAUAAUAUACCUUCUCAUAUCUUAUCUGUUUUCAGAUGAACUAUCAAGGCUAUUGGCACACUACCUCACGCCUCGUUCUAAACAUUCGUUACACCCCCCUUUUCCUUGUUCUAUAAUCCUUAUUUUUCUUCAGUUCUCAGUAUCCGUGUUUCAUUUCUAUGCUACCCAUGUUCGAAGCCAUUCACACUACACGUCUAUACACUGAGGGGAGCUUUGACAAUAGUCUCCUGUUCCACCAGGACUACUUUUCUUUAUCUUAUGAUCUAAUACUAGACAUCCGGGUCUAGUUCUAAGAGUUUACACAAUGCAGAUCAAGGGGUCCAUGUUGCUGGUAUUGGGGGCUUCGAUUCAAUGGGCUUUCACUGCACCAUGGGAUGUUCAGGUCCAGGAACGCGACAACUCAGUAGCUCUAUCUCCGACGAUCACUUCUACCUCAUCGUCGAUCUCGAGUAGUGCGAAAGAAUCGCAAGAAAGCAAUGAUAGCUUCACGUCCGCCUCAACCAUCACACACUCGCAAAGUACUUCUUUGACAAUGACUACAUCAACUUCGAAUACAGCAAUGUUGACUUCGACCGCCUCGGCAUCCUCGAUUAGCGCAACAGCUACAAGUAUAUCCGUCACAGAUUCAGCUUUCAAUUCUACAAUAUCACCCGGCGAGUUACCUCUCCAGCCCGAGAUCACACCAGCGUUUGUCAUCGCAGGAAUUGUCCUCAUCGCUACUGGCGUAUUAUAUACUUUCAUUGGAGUCAAGAACAAAUGGCUGCAUAUCUCCCUUUCAGCAGGAUACCUUGUCAGCAUUGCAAUCACGGUCCUGAUUCUUUUUGUAAUGAAUCUUCCCGUUAGCAAUGCGGUCGAGGGAGCAUAUCUCGUUGCAAUUGUGCUACCCGGGCUCAUCAUUGGCGGGUGCUCUUUGAUAUUUACAGAGGUGACUGAGGGCCUUGGAUGUCUUUUGGGAGGCUUUUGCUUCAGCAUGUGGUUGCUUGUGAUGAAAGCUGGCGGAUUGAUUACUUCAACAGCCGGGAAAUCGAUUCUGAUUGCAGCGAUCAGUAUUGCUGCUUUCUCACUAACCUUCAGUCACUACACUAGGACAUAUGGAUUGAUCGCAUGUAUAUCGUUCGCCGGUUCCACAGCGAUCGUUCUCGGGAUUGAUUGUUUUAGUAGAGCCGGCCUAAAAGAAUUUUGGGCUUACAUUUGGAACUUGAAUCAGAACCUUUUUCCACUGGGCGCAACUACAUACCCCGUGACAAAAGGAAUUCGUGUUGAGAUUGCCGCAAUUUUCGUCAUCUUCUUAGCUGGUCUAGUUUCACAAUCAAAAGUCCACGAGAUGAUCCAAGAUCACCGCGCGCAGAGAUUGGCAGAGCGCCAAGAAAUCGCGAGGGUUUUAGAAGAGGAGGAAAUGAGUGUAGGAAGGAGAAUUGAGGAUCAAAAUAUCGCAGAAAAAGGAAGAUGGGAAAAAGUAUACGGCGAGAAGGUCAAAUCGGGAGAUGAAUCAACACAUGAUUCUGUAGUGGGUGAUUUGGAGGAUUCAAAACGAGGGCAUUCUAGCACCAUUACUUCUAUUAUGGAACUCGAUGGAACAGAGGUUGAAAUCUCUGGCAAAUCUUUACCUACUGGAUCAAAUGUUGCUGGUCUUGUUAUGUCGAGUGGAAAAGGGCAAGAUGGAGCUGUUACAGUACGCGUUGCUCGAGACGCGGCCCCCAAAGUUGAGCGAAUCGAAGAUAAAGUUGCUAUCCCUUCGCGCCAGUCGAGUCGAAAUUCGGGCAGAUCUCAACCAUCCGCAAAUCCAACUGGAGAUAGAGCUGUGGUUGUUAACAACGAAAGUAUCUACCUAGCAAGUCUACCUUCACUACGUCCUACGAGUAAAGCCCCUCCUCCACCAAUGACAGUCGCACCAGAAGUAGUGCCUCUUCCUUUUAAGAUUCCCGAAGACGAGAUGGAGGAUAAUCGAUCUUCGAUUGCUACUUCUCCCGACGAAGAGCUAGCGGUUAACGGCAAAACUUUGAAACGUACACCCAGUCGCGGCUCAGCAUUAUCCAAUAAAAUCUCUACUCGAUCAAAAAGAGUAUCACAAAGGUGUUCGGAAGAACAAGGUAUCAACACAGAGGAUUUGGCGACUCCUUAUGCCGAUGAGACUGAUCGCGCAAGUUCUAUCGCUGCAACUGUGGAUGAUCUUAGCGACGAUGAAGACAGGGAGGUAGGAAGUAUACGUUCAUCAGUUGUUAGCGAAGGCACUCCUAUACCGGAUGUGGAGUUCCCAGCACAGGAUGAUCAAAAUGACGAGCAAAGUCCAGAGCUGGUGACGGUGAAGUUGACGACUGAAUCGCAGGAAGCCUCAUCGGGACAGACUCCUUUGUCCCCAAAGAAUUCCACAACUGAAGAUACAGAUGAUAAGGUGGCUGGUGAAACGUCUGAUGUGCGACAGAGUUUGGAGCUUCGGCCAGAGUCGGGAAUUACUGUUGCCACUGAUAUUCUCAACACUCCCCGAAAUGAAUUAUCCCCGGAUGAGUCAAUCCCACAGCAGGACUCGUUAACAACGUGUGGGGAUCCAGUCCCGAACACGUCAAAUUCCACUGUUGGGGAAAGUCUUGAAGAUGCUGACAAUGGAACUGAAUCAAAGCUUAAGACAGAGUCAUCCAUUACAUCGGCGCCUGACACAAAGACCACGAAAAUCACGAAGGAUCAAUUGCCUGCUCAGUUCUCAAAAGUUGUUAUGUCAUAUCGUACCAAUGAAUGGGCCAAACACUUGAGUCAUGCAGACUCACCCGAAUUGGAGGAAUUGGAUAUUUCCGAAAAUGUAUCCGAGGAUCCCAAGUCUGAAUCGGCUGUUCCCGUGGAUGUCGAAGCACUUCAACAAACAGCUCACAAUGCUCUUCCUCCUCCAGCAGUACGAUCGUCUUCUCAACAAUCAAUCUCUCCAGCUCUUAUCCGGUCAAGCUCAACCCAGUCAAAUAUCACGCCCUUUGCGACGAUACCUGAAGGUUCUCCUAUUCAUGGACAGGAUUCAUCGACACGAAACUCCUCGCAACAACCAUUGGGAGGAUCUGAAGUGUAUCGAUCAUUGCGCAAUAUUUCAAAUCCAAACAUUCCAGAGGCAAUAGUCGAAUCAUCUGGAGAAGAAAUUUUAUCUUCCCAACAACACAUUGCGCAAUCGAUUUCCCCUGCAUUCGGAAAUCCUAAUACACUAAUGGAAAAACGAGACACAAUGCUCCGCAAUAGAUCAUCUUACUUCCCCACGAGAAACUUUUCUACACAUUCCAUGCCGAUACUUGAAACAAGCCCACAAUCUCCCUCACGAUUUCAAUCUGCGUCACAUUUUCAAAUGGGUGGCGAGACCGGAUUAAUUCAUAGCCCUUUGCGGUCUUCCCAUUUCAACAAAUCGGCGCCAAUCCUUGCCGAAUAUGAUGAUAUACCACUUUCUCAGCGUCGUGAACUCAUUCGUCAAUCUACGUCUCAACCUCUAGCUGCCCCUAAUACAAACCCUAAUUCACAUCAACCGAAACGCACAUCGAAUGUUCAAACUCCAUUGGUUAGAGAACAGCAAUUGGCGAUGUGGAGAAACAGUAUUGCAAAUGAUUUGCAAGUGCAGAAGAAGAGGGAAAUGGAGACAGUUGAUAAUAGGAGGAGUGUACUUUGGCAGGAGAGAAAAACAGUGGAAAUGAGAAGAGAAGGGGAGAGGAGAGCAAGGGAAAUGAGGGAAGAGAGAUGGGAGGGAAAAAUUAGGACAGCUGGUGGGGAGAUGGAAGAGUUGCAUAGAAAAAUGAUGAGUCGGAUGCAAGGUGAGGCGAGGAAGGUGCUUUGAUUUGGGAAUCAAGGUGGCGAGGAACGAAAAAUAGGAUUGAAAGUGAAGGGUAAUUCUUAAUGGUUUAACUUUUGGAUGGCCGAGAUAAAAUUCUUGUAUAUAUGUAUAUCUACGGUUUGGGGAGAUAAUCUGAUGGACGGAUUGGGAAUGGUGUUGGAUGAAAACACGAUACAUGAGUUGGGAAGCAGGACAACAUGUAUUAUCAAAUACAACGGGAUCAACGAUACAGAAAAUACGGAUUUACUGACAACCUGCUUUGGGAGAACCCCCUAUGGAUGGAAUGGCACUGGCACUGACGGGAAUAGGAGAAGAUCCAUCGUAUGUAGUAUUUGCCACAUAAUUGGACAUACUAUUCAGGUGAUCGAUCUUGAGAGAGAUAUCUAGGAGCCGAGAGGCAUAGAUAGACUCAUUAAUAAUGAAAGAUUUAAUUAUCUACUACACUACAUCGUAGCUUGUGAAUCUUAAUUCUCCCGAUUUUCUUCCUGAACUCUAAUGACAACAAGCCGAUCACUACAUUGAAUCACCGAAAUAAACAUCAUACUUUGUACACGAAGUUACUCGAAGAAAACAGAUCAUCACCCGGCAUUCUGCUGAUCGCUCAAUUUGUAAUUUGUUUCGGACCCGCAUGCUUCGAAUAUUCUUCUGGAAGGAAAUUUGAUUAUGGUUACCAGUUAGAAGUAUGCAUAGGGUCCACUGAUAUUCAUUUGGUGAUCUAGUUGGUGAUCCUUGAUGCUUGAGGGAUGUCACAUGUGUCAUGUCGGAGAGGCAUGAGUGAGGCAUUGGGCAGAAAGUGGUGGGUGUACAAUGGGAUUUGGUGAAAUGGGAGGAAAUUUUGGGAUGAAUUUAUUGAUUUGAUUCGAA